AUGGGUUCUUCCGUCAACUUUCAUCCCGGGUUCGUGAACAACAAGAACCCGUUGCAUAAAACGAGAACAGCUCCAAAUAUAUUUCAGAAGGAGUCUGUAACCUCUAAAUCUAGCGGAAGCACGAAGUCGAAGCUUUCUUUAGCGCUACAGACACAGGGCAAUCAGAAUAAGAGCAAAAGAGGCCAAUGUGGGAUACAGGAUAACUCUUCUAGUAGCGAAAUAAGCGAAGAUCAAGAGAAUAAUGAAGAUGCUUUAGGCGAUUCAAUUCUUGGAGAUGAAGAAGAAGAGGAUGAGUAUUCAUCUUGUGAUGAGAAGAAUGAGGAGAGCGCAGGUGAUUAUAAACCUGGUGGUUAUCAUCCUACUUACAAGGGAGAAGUUUACAAGGAUGGCCGUUAUACCCUUGCACGCAAGCUGGGGUGGGGUCACUUUUCAACGGUGUGGUUAGCCAAGGACAAUGUAAACGGAAAUCACGUUGCCAUGAAGAUUGUUCGUAGUGAUCGCGUUUACACAGAAGCUGCUUUGGACGAAGUUAAAUUGCUGCAUAAGCUUCGUAACACAAAUCCUAUGAAUAAGGGCGAUGUAAAAGCAAAAGUCAACGCAUGUGAUAAAGGUAAGCGUUUACAGGAUCACGAGUAUAUGGGUGCAAAACAUAUUCUCAAUUUAUUGGAUGAUUUUGUUCAUAAGGGGGACAAUGGUGAACACGUUGUAAUGGUAUUCGAAGUUUUGGGUGAGAAUCUACUAGCAUUAAUCAAGAAAUACGAGCAUCGCGGUAUUCCAGUUAUAUAUGUCAAGCAAAUUGCGAAGCAGUUACUAUUGGGUUUGGACUACAUGCACAGGAAAUGUGGCAUUAUUCAUACGGAUAUAAAGCCUGAAAACGUACUCAUGGAUAUUGGGGAUGUUGAAGGGAUAGUAAGGAUGAUGGAACAGUUGGAAAAGCAGAAAAAAGAGAUGCGAAGACUGCAGCGGGGAGCUUCAAGAUCACUCUUUGAGUCUCCGCCAGUUUUCCGCGACAAUCACUCUUGUGCAGGUAGCGCUACCAAUAGCAUUUUGGAAACCAAUAAUUCUCGCAGGGCAAGAAGAAAUACUCUUAUAACAGGCUCUCAGCCGCUACCUUCUCCUCUUUCAUCGAAUAACUUCAUGGAAUUGAAGUCACAACUUUUAGGACAACCCGCUAACGCAAUUAACUGCAGGCCAUCAGUUUUCGGGCGAUCCGCUUCCUCGCAGGUAAUGGGAACUGGUACGAAUACAAACUCUGGAUCAUCGUUGCAUAAGCAUGAUGAAUCCGAUAAUGAAAUAUCCAACUCUUUCUCAUCUAUGGAGAUUGACGACGGUACGAACAGCAAUAAUCUCAUUCGCAAUGAAAUGACGCAGGUCAUUCAAAUAAAGAUUGCAGACCUCGGUAAUGCCUGUUGGUACGACGAGCAUUUCACAAACGCUAUCCAGACUCGCGAAUACAGGUCCCCAGAGGUUUUGUUAGGGUGUCCAUGGGGUUGUAGUGCAGAUAUAUGGUCUGCAGCAUGCCUAAUUUUUGAACUUUUGACUGGUGAUUUUCUAUUCGAGCCUAAUCAAGGACAUUCUUAUACGAAAGAUGAUGACCAUAUUGCUCAAAUAAUUGAAUUAUUGGGGAACCUCCCCCUCUAUCUCUUUGAAACAGGUAGGUACGUGAAGAACUUUUUCUUCUCUGACGGUAAGCUCAAAAACAUAAAAAAACUACGGUUCUGGCCCCUGAAAGACGUACUUACUGAAAAAUACGGCUUUGAUGCUUCGACCGCCGAAGAAAUAGCCAGUUUCUUGCUCCCGAUGCUUGAAAUAGAUCCAAGGAAAAGAGCUGACGCUGGCGGUAUGGUAAAUCAUCCGUGGUUGGCAGACACUCCGGGCAUGGAAAACAUUACUGUAAGUGAUAGAAAACUGUACGGAAGUGGCGCAGACAUUCCAGGGUGGCAUAAGGAAGCCAAUGGAAGAGAAGACCCUAGUUAG